AUGUUCCUUUUCCGAUCUUCGACUUCAUCUCCCGCACCUCCCUUUCCCACGCCUCGCAAGUCAUCCCUUUCUGGCCUGCCCUCAACCAUCUCAGCCUCGUCCGAGAUAUCCUCUGGCAGCUCUCUCGCUUCCAGUCCGAGCAGCAACAGCAUCCUCUCGCUUUUGCAGGCCCACUCUUCUGUCUCUUCUUCCUCGUCAGUUUCCAGUGUUCCUUCUCCUGCCACUUGUUUCGCUACGCUCCCCUCCGAGCCCAUUUUGACGGCAAACGCUUUGACCCCUGAUACGUCAGAGCCCAAGAAAGCGGCAGCCACUCCCGCACGACCCUCCACCUCUCCUAACAGAUCCACACUUCCUACUUGUCCACGCACCUCGAGAGCCACUACCACCAUCAAAGCCUGUCCCUCCUUCAACACGGCAAGCCGCCGCUCCACCAUCUCGCCAUCCAACACAGAGCAUCGACCCUCCAAAUCAGUUACAAUGGCCAAGAAGGCCAAGGUGGGCUCAGCCGCCAAAUCCUCCCCUUUUACAAAGUUGGUCGCAGCCGAUACAGCAACCAAGCAAUCCGCAGUCUCAGCCACUACGGACGUGGAGACUAGCCUGCCAACGGUGGCUGAAGACGACGCUGCGACGCCGGCUGCUACCUCUAACGCAUCUACCGUGAAUGAUGUUGAUACAUCCUCUUCGUCGACGACAGAGUCCAAGCAGAAUGUGGUUGUCUGCGUGCGUAUGCGCCCUUCGCGUGCAUCCUCGUCCGACUCUGAAGCAUCCGUCUGGAAUUGCGACUCGGAAAAGAACCGCAUCUUUCCAACAGAGCAUCAUCCAGCGAUUGCAAAGCGUACCACCUCCUCUGAGCGCGCCGGUGCAGGCGCAUCGAUAGCGGCUGCGCCUUCUUCCCAUGAUCUCGACCAUGAAGAUCCCACCUCCUCCACCUACCACUUUCAGUUCGACAAGCUCAUCACCGGUGCACAGACCACCGAUGACAUGUAUCACUCGCACAUUGCGCCCGUCGUUCGCGCUGCUGUGGAGGGGUACAACGGAACCGUCUUUGCCUACGGUCAGACGGGCAGCGGUAAAACGCACACCAUGUCCGGAAGCGAUGCGGAGCCUGGUGUGAUUCCGCGCGCAGUAGAGCAAAUUUUUCAGAUGAUCAAAGACGAGCCGGAUCGUGAAUUUCUGUUGCGGGUUAGCUACCUCGAGAUCUACAAUGAGACUCUCAAGGAUCUACUCGCACCUCUACCACCACUGACGGGAUCGACGGGCUCCUCACUGCAAACCACCGAUCGGCCUGCCUCGCCCAUCAAAGGGGGUUCCAGUCACGCUGCUGGACAAUCGCAAUCUUGUACGCUCCGAAUCAUCGAAGAUCAAAAAUCGAGCCGCGUCAUCAUCACCGGUCUUCGAGAGGAAAUCGUCACCGAUGCCAACACGGUGCUUUGCCUCAUACAACGAGGUCAGGAUGAACGUCAUGUGGGUGCGACUGACUGGAACGAGCGCUCCUCGCGCUCACACUGCGUUUUCCAACUCACCAUCGAAUCGCGUUCGCGCGCACCAAGCGCCAGCAAAGAAGUCCGAAUCAGUCAACUCAACCUUAUCGACCUCGCCGGCUCGGAACGUGCAGCCAGCCAAGCAGAACGUCGUAAAGAAGGCGCCUUUAUCAACAAGUCGCUCCUCACGCUCGGCACAGUGAUCGGCAAACUCACAGAGCCAGUCGAAAACGGAGAUGCACACAUCCCAUAUCGAGACUCAAAACUGACGCGUAUCUUGCAGACUUCGCUCUCGGGCAAUGCGAGAAUCGCCGUCAUCUGCACACUCAGUCCCGACACCGAACAUGCCAACGAGACGCUCUCAACAUUAAAGUUCGGUAAGAGGUGCAAGUUGGUCGUCACCACCGCGAAAAAGGGAACCGCCAUGGACGAUAAAGCGUUGCUGCAAAAGUACCGCAAGGAGUUGGACGCCUUGAGAGCCAAGUUAGAGGCUAAUGGACCGUCUCCUAAUCCAAACGAAGUGAUGACCAUUGUGUCGGCAGAAGCGUCGAAAGAAUCACAGCAGAAGCUGGACCAGCUCAAUCAGCAGAAAGAAGCAGCGCAGAGGGAGGUCGAAGACAUGCAGAAAAAGAGGAGCCAUCUCAAAGCGCAGAUCGAACAUCUUACGCGGCUCAUCUUGACCAGUCAGAGUGUGGCUUCGGAUACUGCUGACAGCAACGCUGCAGCAGGUCCAAGCACGCCAAUUCGAAACCGCGGUGCAUACGCCUCUGCAUUGGCUCGUCGAGGUCCUCGAAUGAGUGACCUUGGUUCUGGCUGCAACAGUCCCAUCUCCCUCACCGCCCCACUUGAAACGACUCUGAGUGGAGCCAAGCCAUUCGAACUGGAAGCGGAGCUUGCAGCUCUACGCCGACAAUUACGCCAACAGAUCGAAUCGCGCACUGCCCUAAUCACCGCGCACACCGCCGAGCUGACGGCACGAGACGCGCGCCAAGCCGAAUUGCAAGAAGCCAUUCGACUCAACGAAGAAGAGCUCGACGAAGCAGAGGCGGCUUACGACAAGCUCAAAGCAGAGCGGGACGAAGCACGCAGCAUCGCGUUGAAGGAGCAGGCCAAGGCGAGGGAGAAUCGGAAAAAGCUACUCGAGGAACAGGAGGCGAAUCGGCUGUUGAAAUUGGUAGCCAAAGCCAGGGCUGGUGAACAAGAUCAAGCGCUCCAGGCACAGAUUGAGAAAUUAAAGAAGUUACUCGAAAGCAAAGAGGAGGAGCUGGAGCAGGUAAAGCGUGCAUUGGACGAGGAGCUGAGGGAGGUGAGGAGAGCGGUGGAGGAGGAAAAAGCUGCUAGGGCGCAAGCGCAGGGCGAGCUGAAUGAACUCAAGCAAGCAAAGACAGCCUUGCAGCUCGAGCUGGACCAAGCUAUUGCUUCAGUGACCGAGCUGAAGGAGAAGCAAGAUGCAACAAACAAAGCCUCCCGCGACGAUGAUGAGGACGAGGACGACGUCAAAACCGAAUUUCGAAACAUCGUACGCGGCAGCCAAGUCAAGGACGACGCCAGCGAACAACUCAAACAGCGCCAGCUUGAGCUGCAAGAACGAGAAGCACAACUCGAGCGUCUUGGCACUGAACUCGAGCAAGCACGUCGCCAAUUGGCUUCGGCCCAAACGCCUUGCGCACCAUCGCCGAUCUCUCUCGGCGAACUCUCCACGCUGCGCGACGAACUGGGCGCAUCCGAAGAAGAGCGUCAAACAUUGCAGGUUGAAUUGGCCAAACUGCGGGCUGUCGCUUCAGGUCGAGAACGGGUGACAGAGAAGUUGGCCUCUCUGGAGACUGAGCUCUCGCGUGCCAAUGCAAAGAUCUCUGAAUUGGAAAAAGAGAUCUUAGCAGAAAAGGCAAGGAGUGCUGAAGCAUUGAAGAAAGUCAGUCGCCCAUUGCCCGUUCCUUUACCGAUUCAAGGAGGCUCAAUGACAGGUUCGCCAGUUUCGCCCACCAAAGCUCUUGCUGGUGGAUCGAAGCUUCGUCCUGGUGCAACGACUCCUACUUGCACUCUAACGAGCGGACUGAACCGCGCAGGAUCGGUAAAGGAGUACCGACGAUACCAAUCCGGAGCGGAUGCUUCUUCUCCCACCCCACCUUCUCCUUCUCCUGCAUCUGGAUCGCGCAGCGUGAUGCUCGGUCACACACCGACAUUCUCGGGCUCGAGCCUUGGCAGCCACACAUCGAUACUGGCCGCCUCGCCCUCCACUGCCACCCAGCCCGCAGGCAAAGCCGAGAGGGAUGAGAUCGACAGGUUAAACGCAGUGAUCAAUUCGCAGCGCGCAAUCAUGGCGGAUCUAGAGAAUUCGGUGGCUUCAUGGAAGACGCGAAUGAAGACACAGGCCGAGCUGAUCCACAAGUUGAUGGUUUCCAACGGCACCAGUUCGGCAGCGGGUCAGUCACCUCCUUCUUCCGACGCUGAAGCAGACGAAGUCUUCGGACAAGGCUCACCACGUCGUCACAAACAGGCUGGUUGGCAGCAAGAUGCACAACAUACACUGCCUAGGACUACCCACCUCGCACUGUCUUCCACCAACAACAGCGUUCCAACACCGUACUACGGAGCACACACGUUCAACCGCCCCCCUUCGACCAUCGGUUCACCAACCAAACCUUUCUCCAACAGCUCUACCGCCGACUCCUGGUCUUACAGCUCCCCCCACCCCUUACCUCUUCCAGGCAGCGGCGAUUCUGUUUCACCAUCCAAGCGCAAACCACGAAAGACGAUCGAGAUGGAUCUCAAACUGCUCAAAUCCAGCCCAAGAGUCGAGAGCAGUAAGAAUAGGUUCAACCUGGAGAAUGAAGUGGCAAAUUCAGCAGAUACUCCCACCAAGAGACGAGCUACCAACGCUUCCGCCUACUACAUCUAG